GGGUCAGAAACUCAUCUGGACCGCAUUGGGCGCUCAGAAAACAUAUUUUCCAGAAGAAAAUGCCAACAGAUGGUAAAAAAUCGGCAAAACAAAGAGAAGAAUUGGACAAAAAGGUUGAAGAUUUUAAGGAAAAAUUUAAAACAGAUGGAGAUCAUCUUGUACAUCAUGUCUUCCCAAGUAAAAUAUUAGAACUUGAAGAUUUAUAUCAGUCGUUACAUGUAUCAGAAGCUUCUAAUUACCACACAGAUUUGAAUAUACCUGUUCCUGAUCCAGUUUUGUUCUACAAUAAUGAUACAUCAGAGCCUGAACGUAAAAGGAAGAAGUUAGAACACAAUAAUGAUGAUAAAGUAGAAGAUAUAGCAGGUACAAAAGUUCAGAUUUUACCAAAUGGUCCAGUUCCUUGUAAUAAGAAAUUAGCAGUGUUAGCAGAUAAAAUAAAGCCUUAUAUACAGGAACUCAUUGACCAUGCUAAUAUUUUGAAGAUGUGGAUUACACUCUUGAUACCGAAGAUAGAAGAUGGUAACAAUUUUGGUGUAUCUGUGCAGGAAGACACUCUUGGUGAAGCUAGACAAGUAGAAAGUGAGGCAGCAUCAUAUUUAGACCAAAUCUCUAGAUAUUAUAUAACUAGAGCUAAAUUAGUAUCUAAAGUAGCAAAGUAUCCUCACCUUGAUGAUUACAGACAAUCAGUAAGAGAGCUGGAUGAGAAGGAAUUUAUAAGCAUACGUCUCAUUUCCUGUGAAUUACGUAACCAUUACGCAAGUCUACAUGAUAUUAUAUUGAAGAAUAUGGAAAAGAUCAAGAAACCAAGAUCUGCCAAUGCACACCAAAACUUGUACUAAAUAUUUAUUGAUUUAGAUUGGUGCAGGACAUUUUUCUACAGAUAAAUUGUUGUUGUUAAUUUUAUGAAAAUAUCUUAUUUAAAAACAUCCAGACAGAAUUUGAAAAAAAAAAAAUGCAAAUAAAGUGCUAUUAAAGUGAAAUUGAAGGUAAACAUUCAUGUUCAAAGAUUUUUAGUUUGAAAAUAGAAACAGAAAUAAGUUUGAAAAUAGAAACAAAUGAACAUCUGGGAAUAAAGAAAACACUAGUUAAAAAUAAACUUUUAACUUUUCAGUAACUUUAAGGAUACAACAAACAAAAAAUAGCAUUUAUAUGCAUGUGUCAUUUUAGACCUUGUGGUAUACUUGAAAAAAACAAAUUGCGUGUAUUGAAUAUCUAACCCACAAGAAAUUUAAGAAAUCGGUAUGAGAAAAAAAUUCACUGUUGAAACUAAUCAGCAUUUUGCACUGGCCAAAUUUAUUCCAGUUUCAAAUACAUAAAACUUGGAAGACAUAAAUAUAUAGUUCCAAAUGACUUGAAAUUUCAAUAAAGGUUUUGAAAUGUUUCAUUAAAGCAUGUCAAAAUUAUUUAUAAUUGUCAGUCUUAGAUUUUAGCAUUUAACGUUUGGGAGCAAGUUUGAGAAUGUUGAUAAUGAUUGUAACUGUAGCCUCUGAUUGAAAGGAUGCAUUUAAUUUGUGACAUUUUCAUAUCAAUCCAGCAUUAAGUGUAUAUGUGUAACAUAGUGUACAGAAACAAGUAUCAUUAUUUCAUUGGUAAUUGCCAUGGUAACACAUAAAUUUGUUAGUUUAUACUCAUAUAAAUUGAACAAAUAUACAAAAUUUAAAAAGCAAUAUAUGUUUUAAUCAAUUUUUUCAGAAUUCUUUAAAAAUUUUGUUGGUAAAAAAUAAGAGUAUAAUUAAAUAGCAUUAAUUCAUACAAUAAUCUGAUAUUACACAUUUUCAAGAAUUUCAGGGUCAGUUUAAAAUAGAAAUAAUUUGUUCAUUUUGUUUCUAUAAAUUCAUUUAAUCAUUUAAAUGCAGAGGAAGAGGUUAACUGAUAUUAUUUUUGGCAUACUUAUAUAUUAAAAAAGAUCUUUAAAGAUGAAUGUGUUUUAAUACAAUAAUAAAAAAAUAAACAGUAAUAACUUAAACAUAUUCUAAAUCAGUUUUAGGGAAAAAAUACACUUUGAAUUAAACUAAGAAAAAUAGAGACAACAGAUUUAAUGAUACUGUAUAAGUGUAAUUUAUCAAUUUUUGUUCUGGUAUUCAAUUCUAGUCAGAUACAAGAGUUUUUUUUAAAUAAAUAUGUUUAAAUAAAGAUUGUUCAGGUAAAGUUCUGGUAAAUCUAUAGUACAGUUACCUGUAUCAAACUUUUAAUACCUGUAUGAUUUAUGGUGUAAAACAAACCAGUAACUGCCAUUUUGGCCUGAUUGCAUUUAUCUUCUGUAUAACAUUUAUUAAAUGGAUUAGACAAAUGUGAGAAAGGCUACAACUUUAACCUCCCCAAAAACCUAUGUAUGAAGUCAUUGUCUAAGCUCCAUCAUUUCAUUUAAUCCUCUAAGUGCCAUUAUCUUGUAUGUUUCCAGAUAUACUAGAUUUGCUUGAUGUUUUGAAUAUUUCAUUUCAUGAUAAAAAUUAGUCUUACUGUAUACUGGACACAGUUUUAGUCUUCCAAAUGAAUUUAUCAAAUGUUAUAAGUUACAUUCUGUAACCGUGACAUUAUCUCUUCAACGGUAUCAACAUUAUCUGCUGUAUGAAGUUUUUCAAUGAGGGAAUUAUCUUUUUAUAUCUGUAAAACACACUGUAUUUUAAAGUUUUUAGUGCUAUGACAGAAAUUUUUAUUUGUGUUGUAUACAUUUUCAGUCCAUUGCUUGAUAUUAUCAUUUUCAUCUACCAGGCUGUCAUCUUGUUUAUAGUUCAUUAUGUUAUACCAAUAAAAUUGUUGCAAAAAAU